AUGAAGUGGACAAGCAUUAUCUUAUUUGUAUCUGUCUGCUCCUUUUCUGCUUAUUAUGUUUAUGAACCUCUGCCUGAACAGAUGGAACAGAAAUGGAAACUUAUGCUCACCAACUCUUUCUUCAGAACUCUCAGCCAUGUGGCAGACUUCAGUGAGUUAGUGGGGCUGCAUCACUAUAUGGGCGUGAUGUACCUCAUUACUCUGAUUGAGAAUGUAGUUCCUGUGUCUGAUGAACAUGUUCGGGUCAUAAAGGAGUCGUUUGAAGGAGUGGAUGUACUUGUGUACCAACCACAGCAGAAAGCAGAUAGCAGUGAUCUCAGGAGAGCUGUGGUAUACCUGCACGGUGGGGGCUGGUGUCUAGGCAGUCCUAGAAUGAGCCCAUAUGAUCUCUUGGCCAGGAAGAUUGUAAAGGAGCUAAAUGCAGUUGUUCUUUCUGUAGAUUAUCGUCUUGCUCCUCCUCAUCACUUCCCUGAACCGUAUGAGGAUGUGUACCGAGUGGUGAAACACUUCCUUCAGAAGGAGGUGCUGGCUCAAUAUUCUGUGCACCCUGGACGUAUCGCUGUGUCUGGGGACAGUGCAGGGGGGAACCUGGCAGCUGCAGUCACUCAGCAGUUACUGAAUGAUCCAGAGCAACAAGUUUAUUUCAAGGCCCAAGGUCUACUAUACCCAGUGACACAGGCCCUGGACCUCAACACACCAUCAUACCAGCAGAAUCAGGACAUGCCUCUCCUGCCACGUACCCUCAUGGUACGCUUUUGGAGCGAGUACUUUACCAGUGACAAAAAACUAUUCAGUGCAAUGAUGGCUAACAUGCAUAACAGUCCUGAGUCUUCUACUCUGCUAAAGUUUGUCAACUGGAGUGCCUUCUUACCUGAAAGAUACCAUAAACAGUACAAUUACAGUGCACCAGUGGUCAUGCAGCCAGAGGGUGAGGCAUUAGAUGGACAAUGGCGUUGGAUUGGUGACCCCAGAGCAUCGCCUCUGUUGGUUCCAGAUUCAACUCUGCGUUCUCUUCCAAAGACCUAUGUUCUGACCUGUGAGUAUGACGUACUGCGAGAUGAUGGGAUCAUGUAUGUCACACGACUGCGGGCAGCUGGGGUCGAUGUAACGCAUCAUCACUAUGAGACAGGAUUCCAUGGAGCAAUGAUGUUCACUGUGUGGCCAACUGACUUCCUGAUAGCACACCUAAUGACUGACAACUUUGUCAAAUGGUUACAAGUGAGCUUGUAAAAACUGACAAAAAAGACAAUAUUUAAAUGAUUUCAUUCCUCUUUUUAUCUUGUAUUUUACAAAUGAACAAAUGCUUUUGGAAGC